UAGUAUUUAUUUUAAGUUGUUCUUUUUUCUCAGGUAUCCUUGAUAACAGGAUGUCCAGGAAUAUCUCCCAUUAACCUUUAAGAGACAAAUGGCUGGAACAGAUCUCCUGUGGCCUCUUCCCUGGCAGCUGCUCCCUGUGAGGGGCCAGGAGCCCUCCCCUGUUUCCCACUUGUGCCCAGAGCCAGGGCCCCACCCCAGCCACGCUCCAUGGGGGCAGAGUUCCUGGUAUUGCCCAGGGCUGGGCAAACCUUUGGAUCUGAGCUGUCACAGCCAGCAGCCCCACACUCUGCCCCACCCUCUGUCACCGGGAUGUCCCCAAACCCCACCCGCGCCUUCUGCCUUUCCAGCUCGCUCCUGGGAGAGGUGGGAACACCAAACCCAGGGGCUCAGCAACACCAGCGAGACUCGGUUUGCUGUAAAUGGGGAUAAAGGGAAAGAGCUUCAAGUGUUCGAACGCUUAGAGCUGUUCACCAGCACAGGGGUGGGACUGUCCCUUUGGGGACUGUCCCUUUUGGGACUGUCCAUUUGGGGACUGUCCCUUUCCCUGCAGCCCUGAGCCCUUUGUCAGUGUCAGCAUCUGCUGCUGUGUUUGUGCUGCCCCUUGCAGGGGAGGCGAUGGAGCAGGGCCUGCGGGAUUGCUGCAGAUCCAUCCGCAUCGGGAAAAUCCUGAUCCAGAGCGACGAGGAGACCCAGCGAGCCAAGGUGUACUACGCCAAGUUCCCCCCAGACAUCUACAGGAGGGAAGUGCUGCUCAUGUACCCGAUCCUGAGUGACAGAGGAGGGAAUGGAUCAGGCUGUGCCAGGACACACAUUACUCAGCUGCACCAGCGUGAAUGCAGAGCAAAUCGUUUGGGCAUGGCUGCCUUUGGGAGAAAGGCUGAGAUUAAGACUUGAUAUAAAUUUGAUUUUUUAA